AUCAGGCCAAACAGCAGGCACUAAAGUCAACCAGCACAGUCAAAAACUUUUACUUGCCAGUGACUGCAGAAAUGAGUGUGCAAGAGGUCAAGACAAGGAGAGCUGAGGUGAAAGUUGCCGUAGCAAUGGUUCAACACAAUGUUUCAUUUGCUGUGGCAGACCAUUUCAGCCCCUUGUACAGGGAAUGCUUCAAAGACUCUCCCACAGCUCAAAAUUUCAAGAGUGCCAGCACAAAAACUAUGUGCAUCAUUAAUCAAGCAGUUGCACCACAUUAUAGAAACGAGCUGGUGUUGAAGAUGAGGGAAAAUCCCUUUACACUGGUCACGGAUGGCUCAAAUGACACAGAUAUCUGGAUUUGACACUGAGGACCUUGUGGUUGACGUUGGAUACUGGUUUAAGGGCAGCACAAACCGUAAAGGUUACUUGAAAGAAUUUUGUGAACUCCAUGGCAGUGAUUAUAUGGAAAUGCUGCUGUACAUUUCUGUGAGGUGGCUGAGUUUGGAGAUGUGCAUCACCCGCAUUCUGCAGCGGUAUGGCCCACUCACCAGCUACUUCAAAUCUUUAAAUGAGAAACAACCAAGGUUCAGGAGGCUGGUGGAGGCGUUUUCCAAUCCCCUGACGGAAGUCUACCUCCUGUUCCUUCAGGCCACAUUCCCAGUGUUCUCUACACUGAACCUCCUUCUCCAGAGAGAAAAGGCAUCCAUUUUCCAGCUGUAUGAAGAGAUGACGAAAUUCAUCAAGAAACUCUGUUCGAGGUUCAUGACACCAGCAGCACUACGAGGAGGAGAAGUCCAUGACAUCCCCUACAAGGACCCACUGCACCGACUGCCAGGAGAAAAACUCAAUGUGGGUUUCACCACCAGAGCUACGCUAAACAGGCUCCUUGAGGCUGGAGAGGUCACAUCACAGAAGGCUCAACAAUUCCAGCAGGCAGCACUGGCCUUUUUGGUUGGAGCUGUGGAGUAUGCCAUGGAUAAACUCCCGUUGAAAGAUGCUCUCCUGAAGCAUGCAAGAUUUAUUGAUGUGCAGCUAAGAGCUGAGUGUGGGGUUGAAGAUGCCCUAUACUUUGUAGACAGAUUUCAGGAACUCCUUCCUUUUCAAGACCCAAAGGAACAAGACCAAGUAAGUGAGGAGUUUAUGGAGUACCAACUCAUGGACAUUGCCUUGCCCCAGGACCCAACAGUCUUUGAUGUUGAGGAGUUUUGGGGAAGAAUGUCCACAAUAAAGAACAAGGUGACUGGCUUGAACCAAUUUGGGAGGCUAUCAAAGAUCGCAGCCUUGGUUUUAGUGCUUCCACAUUCUAAUGCUGAUGCUGAGAGGGUAUUUUCGAUGGUUGGUUUGAACAAAACCUCAACACGAAACAGCUUGUCUCUGGACGGGACAUUGUCCUCAAUCAUGACCCUGAAAAUGGCUGGGCUUGAGCCGAACUGUUUCAAAUGGGAGCCAACACCACAAAUGAUAAAGGAGUCCAAAAAGGCAACAAACACUUACAACAAACAACACCAGUCAUAAUCUCUCUCUCUCUCACACACACACACACACACACACUCGCACUCAUACACACACACACAAAAAUUUAAUAAACACUUUGUAUUUGGUUAAAUUGUCAGUGUCAUGUGUCAAAUAUUUUCUUCUGCAAGGGGGGAUGAGAUGUCACUCUUGC